AUGUCGCUUAUUGGCGGAGGUUCAGACUGUGCCGCGGGAAGUAAUCCUCUGGCACAGUUUACCAAACACACACAACAUGACACAUCCUUGCAACAAUCCAUGAGGAAUGGGGAAUUUCAACAAGGAAACCAAAGAAUGAUGAGAAAUGAAAGUACCAUGUCCCCAAUGGAAAGGCAGCAAAUGGAUCAGUUUAUGCAGCAGCAAAACAAUCCUGCGUUCAAUUUCCAACCAAUGCAACACGAGCUGAACGUAAUGCAACAGAAUAUGAAUGCACCACAGCAAGUAGCAAACAAUAGCUGGAACCAAGAGUUUCGAAUGAAGGAUCCCAUGGUUGCAAACGCUCCAUCUGCCCAGGUUCAAACACCUGUUCAAUCAACUAACUGGGCACAGGAUUUCCAACAGGCAGGUCCUGAAGUUCAGCAUCAUGCGCAGCAGCACCAACACCCUAUUUUGAGCGUUCCCGGUGUAAGAGCUGGAAUAUAUGGGGGUGGAAGACUCAUGGGCGGGAGCAUGAUGAACCGUGCUGCUCAAAUGCAACAACAGAACCCGGCUCAGGCUCAGACUUCAGAACAAUCACAGACACAAUGGGAAGACCAAUUCAAGGAUAUCGAGUCCAUGUUGAACAGUAAAACCCAAGAACCCAAGACAAAGCAACAAGAACAGAAUACAUUCGAGCAAGUCUGGGAUGACAUACAGGUGAGUUACGCCGAUGUUGAGCUAACCAACGACCAGUUUCAGGCUCAAUGGGAGAAAGAUUUUGCCCAAUACGCCGAAGGAAGGCUCAAUUACGGAGAAUACAAGUAUGAGGAAAAGAAUCAAUUCCGUAACGAUCCAGAUGCCUAUGAAAUUGGUAUGAGAUUAAUGGAAAGUGGAGCUAAACUAAGCGAAGCAGGUCUUGCUUUCGAAGCUGCUGUCCAACAAGACCCAAAGCACGUUGAUGCUUGGUUAAAACUGGGUGAGGUCCAGACCCAAAAUGAAAAGGAGUCAGACGGUAUUGCAGCUCUAGAGAAAUGCCUGGAGUUGGACCCCACCAAUUUAGCAGCUCUGAUGACUCUUGCAAUUUCUUACAUUAAUGAUGGUUAUGACAAUGCUGCUUAUGCUACAUUGGAAAGGUGGAUCGAGACGAAAUACCCUGAUAUUGCUUCCAGGGCACGCUCGAGUAAUCCAGAUUUGGAUGGUGGUGAUCGUAUUGAGCAGAACAAGCGUGUCACAGAGCUUUUCAUGAAGGCAGCACAAUUAUCACCAGAUGUUGCUAGCAUGGAUGCUGACGUUCAAACUGGCUUAGGUGUAUUGUUUUACUCAAUGGAAGAGUUUGACAAGACUAUCGACUGUUUCAAGGCCGCCAUUGAGGUUGAGCCCGAUAAGGCCUUGAACUGGAAUCGACUGGGUGCUGCCUUAGCUAAUUACAACAAACCGGAGGAGGCAGUAGAGGCAUAUUCCAGAGCAUUGCAAUUGAAUCCUAACUUUGUUAGGGCUCGCUAUAAUCUUGGUGUUUCAUUCAUAAACAUGGGCAGAUAUAAAGAGGCUGUUGAACACCUGUUGACUGGAAUUAGUUUGCAUGAGGUUGAAGGUGUUGAUGCAUCAGAAAUGAGUAGUAAUCAGGGCCUUCAGAAUAAUGCCCUUGUCGAGACCCUAAAGAGAGCAUUUUUGGGUAUGAAUAGGAGAGACUUGGUUGAUAAAGUAUAUCCAGGUAUGGGAUUGGCCCAAUUCAGAAAAAUGUUUGACUUUUAG